AUGAUUUCAAUGCUUAUUACCCACGUCAUUAACCCCCUGGCCUUCAUCGUGCCUGUACUUCUGGCUGUUGCCUUUUUAACCCUUCUCGAGCGAAAAGUCCUAGGCUACAUGCAGUUACGUAAGGGCCCAAAUAUUGUAGGCCCUUACGGUCUUUUGCAGCCCAUUGCCGAUGGCGUGAAGCUCUUCAUUAAAGAGCCUGUUCGCCCCUCGACCGCCUCCCCCCUUCUCUUUCUCCUUGCACCAAUUCUUGCUCUAACACUAGCCCUCACUCUUUGGGCCCCCAUCCCCAUGCCAUACCCUGUGGUAGACCUCAACCUAGGAGUCCUGUUUCUUCUAGCCUUGUCCAGUUUGGCCGUUUAUUCAAUCCUGGGCUCAGGGUGAGCCUCCAACUCAAAGUACGCCCUUAUUGGUGCCCUGCGGGCGGUGGCUCAGACAAUUUCUUAUGAGGUUAGCCUGGGACUAAUUCUUUUAAACAUCAUCAUUUUUACAGGGGGGUUUACCCUACAAACCUUUAACGUGGCCCAAGAGAGCAUCUGAUUAAUCGUGCCAGCAUGGCCCCUUGCCGCCAUGUGGUAUAUCUCCACCCUCGCAGAGACCAAUCGCGCCCCCUUUGACUUAACUGAAGGGGAGUCAGAACUAGUCUCCGGGUUUAAUGUCGAGUAUGCGGGGGGCCCUUUCGCUCUAUUUUUCCUGGCAGAAUACGCAAAUAUCUUGCUUAUGAAUACCCUCUCCGCUACUCUUUUCCUGGGGGCCUCUCACAUUCCAACCCUUCCUGAGCUUACUGCCGUGAACCUGAUGGCAAAAGCAGCACUCCUUUCAGUCGUGUUCCUUUGAGUUCGGGCCUCUUACCCUCGGUUUCGGUACGAUCAGCUUAUGCACCUAAUUUGAAAAAACUUUCUCCCUCUAACGCUGGCUUUGGUUAUCUGACACCUGGCGCUCCCCAUUGCAUUUGCUGGUUUGCCCCCUCAGCUAUAG